UAGCACUGCUAUCUAUAUUCAUAUAACCGCAUGCUAUGCAAUUACAGAUUUCUAUGGAACCCAGUGUCAUUGAAAGAACAUAUCAAGCAUCUACCUGUAUUUCAAGUUUGCAGUCAAGCCUUAUUGGUUAAUUAGCCAGUUACUCCUCACGGCGGAUCAUCUGAAAACUCGGGUGUGAAAGGGUGGACUUUUUGACAUGAGACUUAGCCCCCGAUGUCUGUCCCGAGUAUCACCAAUCUUGCGCCAUGAGAAUCCCCUGGGCCUUCCCCGGACGGGGUCCAUCCCGCGCAUGCAGCGUGGCCUCCCGGAGAAGCGCGCCAUCCGGGAUGUCCGCAAGGUGAUCGCCGUAUCUUCGGCCAAGGGGGGUGUUGGGAAGAGCACAGUCGCCGCAAAUCUAUCACUCGCGUUUGCACGGUUGGGAUACCGGUCCGGCAUACUAGACACCGAUAUAUUCGGUCCCUCCAUACCGACGCUCUUCAGCCUGUCCGAAGAGCCGAGGCUAUCGUCAAACAACCAGCUACUCCCCCUCUCCAACUACGGCGUCAAGACCAUGUCGAUGGGUUACCUCGUCGGCGAGGACGCCCCCGUGGUGUGGCGGGGACUGAUGGUGAUGAAGGCGCUGCAACAGCUCCUGCACGAAGUCGACUGGGGCGGUCUCGACAUCCUCGUCCUGGACCUACCCCCGGGGACGGGAGACACACAACUAAGCGUGACGCAGCAGAUCAUCCUCGACGGCUCCAUAAUCGUCACAACCCCGCACACCCUCUCCGUCAAAGACGCCGUCAAGGGCAUCAACAUGUUCCGCAAGGUCGACGUCCCCAUCCUGGGCCUCGUGCAGAACAUGUCGCUGUUCCGGUGCCCCUGCUGCGACCACCCGUCGUCCGUCUUCGGCUCCGGCGACCGCGUCCGCGCCGCCUGCGCCGACCACGGCAUCGACCUGCUCGCCGACGUGCCUCUGCACCAGGUUAUCGCCGAUGACGCGCAGGGCGGGAGGCCCACCGUCGUCUCCGAGCCGGGGAGCGAGAGGGCAGAGGUGUUUAUGGGCAUUGCAAGGGCUGUGGGGGCCAAGAUUGGGUUGUGA